AUGACCAGCAACGCCUCUAAGAAGCUUAUUGAAUUGUUCUAUGAUGUUGUAUCGCCGUAUUCAUGGUUUGCAUUUGAGGUGCUUUGCCGUUACAAGAAUAAAUGGGCUAUUGAUUUACAUUUGAAGCCAGUCUUUCUUGGAGGAAUCAUGCAAAAAGCAGGUAAUAAACCACCAGUUAUGGUAUGUACCAAUAAAGCAAUAUACCUGCCAAAAGAUGUAGAAAGAAUGAGUGAAUAUAUGAAAGUGGAUUUUAAAUUACCUUCAGAUAUAUUUGGUGUAAUGUUUGACAAAGGAACUCUGAAAGCUCAGCGUUUUAUCACUGCUGUUGACAUGAUAGAUUCAAGUUUCACAGAGAAUGUUAGCCGAAUUUUAUGGACUAGGAUACAUCGUAAUGAUGAAGAUAUAACAGAACCUGAGAAUUUUGUGAUGGUUGGAAAGCAGGCAGGAAUGAAACCCGAGAUAUUAAAAAAGGCCAUUUCCCAAAUUACAGAUGAUGCCGUUAAGAAAAGACUAGCUGAUUACACUGAAGACGCAUUGGAAAAGGGGGCUUUUGGAGUCCCAACUAUUGUGGCUCAUGUAAAUGGAAAGCAAGAAAUGAUUUUUGGUUGUGAUCGAUUUCCCAUUCUUGCAAAGAUUUUAGGUGAAAAAUGGGAUGGACCUAUUCCCCAAAUUCUUCAAAACAAGUUGUAA